GGACCUGUGUGAAUCGAACCGCGUACUGAACGAGAAAUAAAAGUGAACAGGAGAAGCUUUCUACAAUGACAGGAGCAAUGACAGUCUUUAAAGUUGCCAUGAACAGCUUUACAAGUUAUUCCGCCAUCAUGUUAAACAUCGUUGCAAUAAUCGCGUUGAGAAAAACUCCAUCACUUCCGAAGCCUUUAAAAAUACUACUUCUAAGUAUCAGUGCCUCAGAUCUUUGUGUUGGUUUGCUAGUACAGCCAUUGUACGUGGCACUUGCUGUGAUUGAUGAACGCAAUCCGAUUUUCGCACCAUUGGCAAGAGUGAAUACUAUUGCAGCCACAAUUUUUUGUACUGCUACACUGUUGGGUAUUUGUGCUGUAUCAGUUGACAGAUUCCUAGCAAUUCAUCUUCAUCUUCGAUACCAGGAAAUCGUUACUCACAGACGCGUUGAGGCUGUGGUUAUCUCAAUUUGGGUUUUGAGUGCAGUUCUUUCGCUCCCGCGAACAAGAACACUUUCUGAGAAGGUCAAUAGGAUAAUCCUCGCCAUCAUGGUUUUUAUUACCCUUGGUUGUCUUGUAGCAAUAGCAAUAAUUUAUGUUAAACUUUAUGUAGUUUUGAAACACCAUAUUAUGCAAGUUCAAGCCCUUAACAUAAAUCUAGAUUCUCAGACCACUGUGGCAAUUGAAGAUACUGCUAGACAGAAAAAAUGUGCAGUCGCCAUUUUCUACUUAUAUCUCACGCUUUUGAUUUGCUACUUGCCAAACGCAUGUGUUGCUUUAAUGAUUGUAGUAGAUGCCUCUUUUCCCUUCGAAAUGAUCAAUUUCUCGGACGCUUUGGUAUAUCUCAACUCAUCCCUCGAUCCUUUGAUUUACUGUUGGAAGAUGCGGCAAGUACGACUCGCUGUCAUGAACAUACUACGAAACAUACAUUUUAGAUGUUAGAUUAUGGGACGACCUCAACAAGAUAUGUUAUUCUUGCCCCUGUUUUAAACUAGAAACGUUUUAUAUUAUUAAAUCCUCAUUAGAUCAGCCGCCAGAAACAUGUAAAACUUUCACAACAGUAGUAGAUGAUCGAUUGAUUCAGAACAGGCAAUCCUAAUACAUUGGCGGGCCUAUUCAAUGUAGUUUUACAAUGUUUUCUCCCAAAAUUGCCAAACCUUUAAUGUUCACGGCAACUGUAAAAUACUUCCGUCAUGACUUAUCCAGGCCUAUUAGAACAGAAGACAAUUUUUGUUGACUUUGCUAAAAUUUUGACAACUGCAUUGCACAAGUGGUGCCGGUGAUACUAUAAGACAAUGUCUUAUAACCGGCAUUUUAAUGGGCCUACUUUUCUAAACCUCCUAAGCACCGUGAUGCUCACCUUAACGGUCGUUCUUGCAAAAGGUUAUUUGAAUUCUUAACGAGCCGGGGGCGGGUAGUUUAAAAGAAACUGUCUGUGAGGGGUGGAGGAAGAAAAGUAAAGAUGGAUGCAGCUAAUAGCUAACCCUGUUUAACGUUGUUGGUGGUAAUGGUGGUUUUUUCUCAGUCUUUCCUGUUUAAUUUAUUUAUUUUUUAUUUGUGUUUUUUUGUUUGAUCUAGAUGGGCUACGAUGAUAUUGUUCAAACAUCUUAUGAUUAUGAACCCUUGGGGACUGAAACUUUUAAAAAAGAAAGAAAGAACAAUUAGAUAAAGUAAAAUCGCCAAAAUCGCUUAUCCAUAUCCUUUCGAAGAAGUGAAGCUAAGUGAGACUGCUCAUAAAAAGUAAGCGGCUUAUUAACAUGAAAGGACUGACGAAGAGUAGCUCAAAAGAUGCUGGGAAGAAAUGUUUUUUACGUCUGUGGC